AUGUUGACCUCCGCGAGGAAACAUGCGUUCUCACUCCUUAUACUACUAUUCCUUGUCAAUUGGUUUCAACCAUCUUUGGGCGCUACCUUGAGUACUGAACUCCAAACCACGAAGAGCCAACAGGACUACACUUGCUCUGCUGAUAGCCCGUGCGUAAAUGGAGCCUGCUGUGGUGUGGACGGCUGGUGUGGUUAUGGCGACACCUACUGCGGAGACGGCUGUCAAUCGAACUGCAAUGCCACCGCAGAAUGCGGCAAGAAUGCUGCCAUCCCCGGGACGGUCUGCCCUCUGAAUGUCUGCUGCUCAGAAUUCGGAUUUUGCGGAACCACGACCGAGUUUUGUGAAGGGGGCUGCCAGUCUCACUGCACGCAACCAAAGCCCGCCACUUCGGGAAGCAACUCGCAGCAGCGGAUCGUGGGCUACUGGGAAGCAUGGAACAGUCAACAUGCAUGCGGUACUAUGGGAGUUGGCCAGAUCCCCGUCGAUCUUCUCACGCAUCUCAACAUCGCCUUUGGCUAUAUCAGCCAGGACUAUCGGGUGACAAGCAUGGAUGAUCUGUCACCAGAUGUCUACAAGGUCGUUGGUAAUCUCAAAUCUCGAAAUCCGGCUUUGAAGAUCAUGAUCGCUAUUGGCGGAUGGACCUUUAGUGACCCUGGUCAGUACCAGAGCGUUUUUCCAACCAUGGUCUCUAAUGAAGCCAAUCGUGCUACAUUCAUUCAGAAUCUUCUUGGGUUCCUCACCGAGUAUGGCUAUGACGGAGUGGACUUCGACUGGGAGUAUCCGGGUGCCGAUGAUCGAGGAGGUUCGGAGUCGGAUGGUGUGAACUAUACCACAUUCUUGAAAGAGCUACGCGCGGCUAUCGAUGCAAGUGGCAAAGAAUAUUUGGUGACUUUCACCGCGCCUACAUCUUAUUGGUACCUUCGUCACUUUGAUCUCAAAGCCAUGACAGAAUAUGUUGACUGGAUCAACUUGAUGGCAUAUGAUCUGCACGGUGUCUGGGAUAGCGACAACCCGAUCGGUAGCCAAGUCCUUGCUCAUACGAACCUGACCGAGAUCGACCUCGCGUUGGACCUUUUCUGGCGCGUGGAUGUAGAUCCCUCUGCCAUCGUCUUGGGAUUGGGAUUCUACGGCAGGUCGUUCCAACUAUCUGAUACAUCGUGUUGGAAACCCGGUUGCGAGUUCAGCGGCCCGGGUGCGAAAGGAAAGUGCACAGAUGCUGCGGGUAUCCUAUCGUACCGCGAGAUCCAGUCCAUCAUCAAUGACGCCGGUGGCACUGCUUAUCUAGACAAAGAAGCCGCUGUCAGGUACAUGGUUUACAACGACGACAACUGGAUCUCCUUUGAUGAUGAGGGGACUUUCAAACAAAAGAUUGACUACGCCAACAAGAUGGGUCUGUCUGGAUUGAUGGUCUGGGCCAUUGAUCUGGACGAUAACUAUCUUGCCGCGUUGAGGUCGAUCUCAGAUGCGCAAUAUCUCAACAGCACUUCGAGCACAUUUGACCUGGUCGACCUCAAAUACAUUUUUCCCGAAGAAUUGCUACCCCCUGCCGGGGCCGUUCCCAGUUACGGGUUGACUACAUUUGGUAGCGCGGCGGAUGCUGGGGACAUGAGCCCAGGGGCAGGCUUCGGAUUUUUGCUUUUCGCUGGUGACUCCCACGUGGUUUCGCAGCUAAGAAAGCGUGACGGACAGCCAGAUCCCUUCGUCUUUCUCGACUGUCCCUCCAAUAUGGACACCAAGGAUACAGACACGAGUUUCACGGCCCGCGUCAUCUGUCUGAGUGAUGAUAUCGAAGGAUGCUUCCGAGUCGCCGAACGAGGGGUAGAAGGCACUGUUGUGGAGAUGCCCGAUAAUUGUUCCCCAAACACGUUUGCCAGAGCCAUUUCCCUGGAGCAGUCAGAAGACCAAAAUCUAUCCGCUCAUAUCAGAAAGCGCAACCCGACCUCCCAAGUCUUUGACUUCAAAUUUGAUUUCAAUCUUGGACUGAUGCGACGCGACAGUAAUAACACCAGCAUUCGCACCGACUUCUCCAAUGUCGAUGGCUACUGGCCUUGGGUUGUUGACUCACCUGGAGACUCGGGUACGAGCACCGCGGACAAACGAGAUCUUGUUGAGCGAUACUACUCUUCCAGUAACAAGAACUGGAAGAAUCGGUUCUACGAGUCCAACAACAACUUUUCUGCCACUCUGGGUAGCCCCAUCAAGUUCAAACAAGACAUCAGUGCCCCAAUAUUCUGGCAAGGAGCAUCGCAAUGUCUUAUUGAUGGUGAAGAAUACGGUGAAGGGGUUGGUGCCUUCGUCGAGGGUACCGUUGACGCGAAGAUCCUCUUCGGCUGGUCGAUGGUCAUUACCACCGAAUUCUACGGUGACUUCACAGUGAAAGAAGCCAACGGAUUCAUGACCGUAGAUGGCACCAGUGACUUGACUUAUGGAAUCUCAGGAGUGGGAACGCUCGACAUCACGAAGGCCAACAAAGGGAACCCAGCAUUCAGUCCCAGAGAAACCUUCAAUCUUCAGGGAGACACUGUCACCAGUGGUCAGAAUGGCGCUUUCAUGUCUUUCAGCCCUUAUGCAUCGAUCACCUAUCAGAUGGCUACACUCAACGGAAUAGGUGACGAGCAGUUCGUCUCCGACCCUGAAGUCUCCUUCAAUGGUCGUCUGACGAGUCGUGUUCUGACUGAUCUCGGGGAUAUCACUGCUUACUACCCCUCCCCAACUAAAGACCAGAUCACGGAAGAUUUCGAGGGCCGCACUAAAAACAAAAUUUCCUCUGGGAUGUUCAAUAUAGUCUUCGACGCGCCGGGGGAUGGCGGUAGAAUUGCGCUCGGCACGUAUAUGCGUUUCGGCAUGGGAAUGGAGUUCACUAUGCCUUUCGAAACCAUGGGAGGUGAUAGUCGUCCCAUAAAGAGGAAGGCAGAUGUGAGUAAAGCCCAAGAAAGCUUUCGAUCGGUGAUUAACGGCCUGAAGGUUGGUCUGACAUACGACAACUUGAUCACUUUUGGGUUCCAACCUAGUGACGAUCCUGAUGAUAAAACCGCGUGCUCGGACUACAAUGUCACUACGCGCAUCUACCAAGAUGUCAAUGACGGGUGCGUUCACUACGAGCAGCAUUCGGAUUUUCCUUCCAGAUCACUGACUUUCCAAUACUAG